AUGUCGACGUCGAGGUUGGUGUCGUCGUCGUCGUCGUCGUCGUCGUCGUCGUCGUGGACGGAGGGUGGUUUGUUGUUGUCGUCGUCGUCGUCGAUGAGAGAGCAGUCUGACCAGCAGAGAAGAAGGGACGCAAAAGAGCGAGUUUAUCACCACGGAAUUGACAUCGACAUUGAUGUGCUCGCAGAAACAGCUCGUCUAGAGGAUAUACAAAUUGCCAUUCAAUUUAUUCAGGCAUUGAAAAAUGCCACACUCAAUGAUGAGGCCAAUAAGCUUGACAAGGACAUGCUCCACCGCCUGCAGGAUCCUCCCCAAGCCUCACUUGAUAUUGAUGAUCCCGACGUCCUCUUGUCUAUAGAAACAUUCAUGGCACUCAGUAACUCAUCUCAAGAGACUUACCAUUUGAUACGCAAGGCCAUACUCCAUCGAUAUCCUGACAGCAAGAUGCUCUCGUAUGACCAAGUUAAACGGCGCAUUACCAAAAUGAGUGGAGUUGGGUCAAUUGUGCAUGAUAUGUGUGUGACUUCUUGUCUGGCGUACACAGGUCCUUUUGCAAGUUUGGAGAUAUGUCCAAAGUGCGGCGAGCCUCGUUACGAUCAAUCCAAGCUUGCGUCAAGUGGCGGAAAAGAGAAAGUCCCUCGCCAGCAGUUCCACACAAUACCAGUCGGGCCUCAAUUACAGGCGCUAUGGAGGCACUCAGAUACUGCUACCAGCAUGCAUUAUAGAGAACGCCAAACAGCUGAUAUCAUGGAGGAGCUCAAACUCGACAACAACAUCCUUUCUUCGUAUGACGACUUCUUCCACAGGAAAGACUACCUUGAUGCUGUUUCUGAUGGUCGAAUAAAUGCUCACGACAGCGUACUUAUGAUCUCUGUUGAUGGUGCCCAGCUCUACGAGAGCAAAGCAUCAGAUUGUUGGAUAUAUAUAUGGGUGGUAAUGGAUCACACACCCAAUGUUCAUUAUAAGAAGAAACAUGUUCUCCCCGGUGGUUUCAUUCCAGGUUCAAACAAACCAAAAAAUCUUGAUUCUUUUAUGUUUCCUGGGUUGCAUCAUGUGGCCGCACUUCAAAAGGAGGGUCUUGUUAUCUGGGAUGCUUUAACCAAUUCAUUGCAUGUCUCGCACCCGUUUCUUGCAAUUGCUAAUUCAGAUGGACCAGGACUCAUGUAUUUCAACGGUUUCGCUGGAUAUCAUGGUAAAAUUGGGUGUCGACAACUAUGUGGGCAAAAAGGCCGUCACAAAGCAGGUGGUCCUCAUUAUUAUCCUGCGUUACUCAAGCCACACAAUUACAGUGUUGAAGGAUGCAACCACGACGACAUUGACUAUCGCCAGGUGCUCCCCCCGACACCUGGAUUGUACUAUCAAAAUCUAUGUUUCCUCAUUGCUUCACCAAAUGUCACACAGUAUAAAAAACGCCUUUUGGAGACGGGAAUCUCAAAACCUAGUAUCUUCCUUGGAAUGCCUCUUGCCCACAAUCUCGGUAUUCCAAAAAUGUUCGGUUCUGAUAUCAUGCAUUUAAUUGCACUGAAUAUUCCAGAUCUACUCAUUAACUUGUGGCGAUGUAAUUUUGGCUGUGAAAAAACUGACAGCAAGCAUAGUUGGGACUGGGGUGUUUUACAAGGUGAUACAUGGAAACAACAUGGCCAGGCUAUCACAGACUCCACCCCACAUCUUCCUGGCUCGUUUGAUCGCCCUCCCUGGAACCCAGCAGAGAAAAUUUCCAGUGGAUACAAUGCCUGGGAGUUUCUUCUUUAUGUUUAUGGGCUCGCACCAGCUUUACCGUACAAUGUUCUCCCUGAAAAAUAUUGGAGAAACUUCUGCAAACUUGUUUUUAGUGUUUGGAUUUUCAACCAGCACCAUAUUCUUACAGUAGAUCUACAACAGGCCCACAAACGAAUGCUUGAAUUCACUGCAGAGUUUGAGGUUCUGUAUUAUCAACGACGUGCCAAUUGGCUACAUUUUGUACGACCGUCCUUACACACUGCUCAACAUCUUGGCCCAGAAGUUGUUCGGAGUGGCCCAGGGAUUUGCUCGUCCCAAUGGACAAUUGAGCGGACAAUUGGUAACCUGGGACAAGAGAUCCGUCAGCCAUCUAACCCAUAUGCUAACCUCUCUCAAUGCGGCCUCCUUCGCUCUCAAAUUAAUGCACUGAAGGCUAUGAUUCUGUUCCUCAGUCCACCCACAAAUCCAAUUCCGAAGGGGGGAGUAGAUAUUGGUGAUGGGUACCUUUUAUUGCGUGCAAAGGAGAAGUUCCCCCGCUCUGUCCGUAGCUGUGAAGCUGAAGUAAUUCAAUCUUACCUCUCAGGAAAUCAAAGCUACGACACAGAAUUCCAGUCAAAGAUUACAAGAUGGGCCCGUAUUCGUCUUCCAAAUGGACAAGUAGGACGGUCUUUGUGGAAGGAAGCACUAAAGGCAAAGGGAAAAUGCAGAGUAGCGAGAAACGUCAAGAAUAAUAGCGAGAAAAGGCCGGUAGCUCUGGUAUCAUUUUAUUCUGAACCUCACGACACUCUCCUCAAGGCAUUUUUUGGCACUGUCUGGUCCUAUACAUCCCAGGGUGAUUCGUCACUUCAUGUGGUUAGCAUCAAAGCAAUUCUGUCAGUUGUUGCAAUGGUUCCUCACACUCCAUUUCCUACUAGUAAUGAUGUAACUGAAAGGUUCUUUGUUGUAGAGAAGCCAGGAUUGGACAUAGCUCAUAUGAUUCAUGACAAUAAUGUAUUAGAGGAGUAG